AUGGCUGCGCGGCUAGGGCUAGUAGUGCACAAUACGGGAAAUGCAACCACGUUUAGAAGACCGGGAUGCGAGGAAACCACACCAGACAUUACCCUAUCAACAGAACGCAUGGCAGGCUCAAUAAAGAACUGGAAGGUCCUGGAGGAUUACACUGGCAGCGAUCAUCACUACAUCUCAUUUAUGAUCGACACGGGAACAAGCACUAACCAGCAGAGGAAAACAACUGGAACACGAAAGUGGAACAUUGCGAAGCUAGAUACUUCGAAAUUAAUCUCCGCAAUAGACGACCAAAACCCAUCUAGCAACUCCCCCAUAAUCGCAGGAAAAACUGUCGAGCACACAAUGCUUAAUAUAACAAGAGCCUGUCAAAAAGCAAUGCCCAAGGCCUCCCACAGCAAACAUAAAGCAGCAGUUUACUGGUGGACUGAAAAUAUAGCCCAACUCAGACGGACAUGCCUCCGCCUUCGCAGAUCCUACACGAGAUCCAGGCGUAGAGGAGCCGCAACUCAAGAAGCCGAUCAAUACAAAUUAGCAAAGAAGGAGCUAAAGCAUGCCAUCGACGACAGCAAAAAGAAAAAAUGGGAGGAACUACGCGAGGAUAUAAAUAGAAACCCCUGGGGACUCGGGUAUAAAAUAGUGAUGAAGAAACUCGGCGCUCGAGCAAAGCCACCUGAUCUAACCGCUGCCAAAAUGGAUAACAUUGUGAACGCACUAUUCCCCACACACGAAACAAGGGCUAGGGACCCAGAACACAUCCUAAGACCGACGCAAAUCCCCCGGUUUACCCUUGAGGAGCUGCAACUAGCCACUGCAAAGCUCAAGGCCAACAAAUCCCCGGACCGGACGGGAUCCCAUCAGAAAUUCUCAAAAUAA